AUGAUAUCGACUAAGCUUAGCUCGCGAAAUAUCGUUUUUAGACGAGGAAAAUUGCUCGAAGGCUCAUCUUAUAGGCUCACUUUAACAGUACAAUUACCAAAUGGAAAGUAUGGUUGGGCGGCGUACCAGUUUAAAACGGUCGCCGCACCGUCAGGUGGGACCUGUAGCGGGACGCAAGCAAGCGGAAAACCUUUAGGAAUCUCACUUUAUAUCAACUGCACCGGAUGGAAUGACAAAAACAAGCAUCUCACGUAUGAGUUUUUCCAUCAAGUCGAGGACGGCAAUUCCCACUUGUUACUAUACAGUACAGCACCGUUUGCCAAUGUUCUGAUACCUAAAUUUGAUGGCGGCGAGGUUGACAUAAAGGUUGUCGUAAUCAAUUCGUUCGCAAUGAGAACUGAAACUUCCAUCAGAAUCCAGGUUACAAGCACAUCAGGGACAAAUUUUACUGGCGCUGAAGCUUCAUUCAAUAGAUAUUUGAGAGAAGGAGCCUUGUACGACGCAUGGCAGGUUGCACUGGUCCUAACGCAGGCUGUUAUUACGAAUGUUGAUGCUCAUUGGAUAAAGAGUUAUGAGAAACAAAUUAGCGACCACAUCUUUCAAGAAUUAUCAAAUUCCAAUGCAACAGAUAUACAAACCGUUCUCCUGUUAUUGUCGGUCUUAAACUUAUCAACUUCAAAUCCAAAAUAUUUAUCUUCAGCAACCAUGCAAACUGGAUUAGUUAUCCUUGAGAAAUGGGUGGAACUAAUAGACAGCAGAGUACACAGAGGUAACGGAAAAGACCGUGCUCUCGAUAAAGAUGCAUGGCCUCUUGCACUACACUGUUCUGGGAAUAUUCUGCACGCCACCAUACGUAGAGUUUCUUCCUCUACGAAAGAACGAAAAAAGUUGCAAAAGAUACAAAGAAAAGCGCUGGAUCUAAAAGAGUCAAUGGUGCACUCUGUAAUGUCAUCGAAGCUCACUGGAGAAGAAUACAGCGUCAUGAAAACUAAACAUAACACUUUAAUCCUUGGAAAGCAUGAAAUUCACGAGAUGAGCGAUCUUCGAGUGGAAGAUGACAAGGCAAGCUUUUUAUUCCCAGAGAUGAGUGAAGCCAUGACAAAGAAAUUAUUUGGAAAAGCCAAGGAUGUGCAAUUUCAGAUGAUCACCUACGCAGCAAACCCAUACUCAAUCCAGCAGCCGGCCAAUGAAAUCAGCUCAGAAGUGCUCAGUCUCACACUCAAAGAUGAUAACGGAAACGUAAUAAACAUAUCAGACCUGGCCUCAGAGAUCGCCUUGAAAGUACCAAUAAGUGAAAAGAUUGGAAAUGAGACACCAUCAGUCGAUGAGUACUCAGUCCCGGACUUCAUGCUGUACCGUGAUUUUACAGAAAUUCAUGGCAACAGUAAGAUCAAACUGUCCUUAAACUUACAGAAGUCUGCUCUAUUUGAAAUGUAUGUUAAAUAUGGCGCUAGACCUUCGAAAGAGGACUUUGAUUUCUUCACCACUCUAGACAAAAAGACUUGCCGGGAUAAAACUAACAUCUGUGGCAAUGUAAGCCACCACGUUUGGUUUGAUGCCGAGCGCAAAGGGAAGUAUUUCAUUGGGCUGCUUCAGAAAGAAAUAUCGACAAGAAAGAGGAGGUCAACAGCAGCAGUGGAUUCUCUUAAAGAAAGUUUACAAGUGAGUCAAAUACCAAAGAAAAGGAUAGCGAGAUCUAAUUCUGAAUUGACGCGUUCUAAUCAAGAAUUGUGUGUAAAGUUCAAGAAUCCCCCAGAAGAUGAAACAACCAUGAACGAGACAAUCGACUUGCCUCCAUAUGAUCCUGAAAAGUCCGUGAACUUUACAGUAGUAGUCGACUCAGUUGGUUGUCGGUAUUGGUCUGAGAGUAAUCAACAGUGGUUGAGUGAUGGAUGCAAAGCAGGUAUUAAUUCCACCUCCACUGCCCUGCAGUGUCUUUGUAACCACCUGACGUCAUUUGGAGGGUAUUUUGUGGUGACACCAAACAGGCUAGACUUUGACAAAGUGCUGAGAUUUAGAAGUGACGACCAAAAAGAUUACAUCGUCAUUAUGGCAGUAUCAGUAGUCUUUCUUGUGUACUUCAUCGUCUUAAUCCCAGCCCGGAAAGCUGAUAAAAGGGAUCUUGAAAAGGUGGGUCCUCUUGUGCCUCUACAAUCUCCAGUAGGAUCCCAUCGAUACAAGCUCUCGAUCACUACAGGGACGUGGCGAAACUCAGGCACCUCUGCCAACGUGUCGAUAAAGAUUUACGGGACUGAGUCCUCUAGUGGUAUCAUCAAAUUAUCUUGCAAAGAUGAGGAGAGUAGAAAACCUUUUGAGCGAGGAAAUACUGAUAACUUCCUUAUUGCUAUUGAUCGACCAAUUGGCGCGCUGAUUAAGGUUUUCAUUGGCCAUGACAGUUUUGGUGAGGAACCAUCGUGGUUCCUGAACGAGAUCUCUGUAACAGACCUUCAGUUGAACUGCUCAUGGACAGUUCCUUGUUUUCGUUGGUUGGGCUUGGAGCUAGAGGAUGGGAAAACGACCCUAGAACUUUAUGCUGAGACUGCAAAAAGGUGCUAUGACUUUAAAACUCAGUUUAAUAACGUCAAUAAUUACAUGUUCGCCAACGAACACAUGUGGUUCUCGAUAGCUACCAAAGAUCCAAAGGACGUGUUUACUCGAGUGGAACGAGUAACUUGUUGCUGUUUCUUUUUGCUUUGGGGAAUGCUCGUAUCUGCUAUAUUCUACCAAGGAGAUGUUGACAAAACGAGACCUAUUCAAGUUGGACCUUUUAAAAUGACAAUCCAAGAACUAUCAGUUUCUGUAGUCACGGCAGUGAUCGCUUUUGUACCCAGUUACUUCGUCGUAUUUCUAUUUCGUAUGAGUCGACGUCCAAGAGUAGCAGAUGAUGAGGACUUUUACCGUGACAGCGAUAAUGGCACAAACAGGUCAUUCAAACUCCCUCACUUGGGCAUCUACAUCGCCUGGUCAUUUUGUGUAGCUGGCUCAGUGCUAUCUUCAGUCUUUAUAAUUUUCUUCUCUCUGCUAUGGAGGGGAGAUAAGUCAUCGCGGUGGUUGGCAUCUGUGUUUCUGACCUCAACCGAGGACAUAUUUUUUUCCCAACCCUUGAAGAUCGUAGUCAUUUCUGUAAUUCUGUCCCUAUUAUUUGCGCGCAAAAGAAUUCAGACACGAGAAAUCAUUAACAGCGCUGAACUAUCCAAAUCUGAUGACAAAUCUGAACUAUUCAGCAUGACUGAGAAAGAGAUCGAGGAGCAAAGGAAAUUCAGAACUACUGAAAGGAAAACGAACUUAUUUGCGAGAAAUAUAGUGUUUUCGAGCGUCUUCCUUGUUCUUCUCUUGAUAGUGUGCUAUGGAGACAGAAGUGAUGAGCGAUUUCACCUGACGGAAGCUACACGCAAUGCCUUUACAAACUUGAGUCAGGUCAAAAAUACAUCACGGCUUUGGAAGUGGCUUGACGACGUUUUGAUCCCAGUGGUCUAUGCUGGCGAAUGGUACAAUGGUCAAAAAGAGCCAAGGACUGUCUAUGCCGGUAACAAGCGCUCCAUCGUUGUAGGCAUGCCGCGUCUACGACAAUUGAGGAUUCAGAAAGAUUCAUGUGCAGUACCUGGCGUUUUGGGGAAUUGGGUAUCAUCGUGUUACGACUUUUACUCAAAAGAAAAGGAGGACAAAAAAGGUUGGGAUAUGAUAUCAAAUAAGACUUCUAUCCUUUGGAUGAGUGUUGUGUGUCCGGAAAACUGGAAAUACAUGACUGAAGAUGAUGUUGGUGACUAUUCAAGUUAUGGAGUACACUCUACUUAUGGCGGUGGUGGUUACGUGGCAAAUCUGGGAUACCUUGACUACACGGCUCGUCGAAUUUUGCAAGACCUUGCAAAGAAUGAAUGGAUUGAUCGUCAGACUAGGGUAGUCUUGAUUGAGUUUACCAUGUUCAGUGUAGCCACGAACCAACUUGUAGAUCUUGUGUUAUAUUUUGAGAUGAUUCCAUCGGGAUUUCUGGGAUCAUUUUUGAGGAUCGAGGUGAUUCCAAUGACUAAGUCAGAUUCCGCAUCUACCAUAGCGUACUUGACUAUAAAGCUGCUGUUUGCAUUCUUUCUUGGUUACUACACAGUGACUGAAUGCGUCAGAGCUUACCGGUUAAAAUGUGCAAACCUGAAAUCCAUCUGGAGAUGGCUUGAAAUGCUGCAAAUUCUCAGUGCGCUGAGCGUCGUUAUAAUUUCUAUUGAGAAAGAGAAGCGGAUAACUCAAGCACUAGAGAACUUGAGUAAAAAUCCAUACGCCAUAGUUAGUUUCCAUGACGCGAUAUUCUGGUUCCAGAUCGAAAACCACAUGAUCUGCAUAGCAGUAACCAUAGCCACGUUACGUUUUCUAAGAUUACUCAAAUUCAACAGACAAAUUAUAAUACUUUUCCUUUCCAUGAAAAAAUCUGUGAAACCAAUCUUGAGCUAUGCAGUGGUGUUCUUCAUUGUCUUCACAGCAUUCGCGCAUGCUGGGUCGCUCCUGUUUGGUCAAAGCGUCUACCUGUUUUCUUCUUUCUUUCGAGUUAUUGUUUUACAAUUUCGCAUAGCUGUUGGGGCCUCCGCUCCGCGUAGAGAGCUCGAAGGUGUACAUUCACGCCUUGCCAAACUUUACAUGGAAAGUUUUCUUUUCUUUACGGUGGUGCUGCUUAUAAACUUUUUCGUUGCAAUCUUAAACGACGUUCAUGCCGAGUCAACCAGCGCUGACAAGGACAACGAGGAUAUGGAGGUAGCGAGACGUUUGGUAUUCAAGUUUUUAAAAAUGUUCGGCAUAACGAAAAACCAACCAAAGGUCUCUCCUAAAACGAAAAAGGAAGAAGAAAACGUCAAAGAAAACAGGCACCCAAGAGAAGGGUCCAUUUCUAAACCAAACUCCUCUGCUAACCAGGCGGAGAAGACUGAGACAUCAAAAGAAAUGGACGUGAAUUUGACCGAUUUUGACCGCACAAAUUCUAAACCUUUGAGACAACGGCGACGAUCGAUUCCAACAACAGGUGCUUUUCCAGUUUCAAAAAAUUCCUCUCAGGAAAGCAUAAAGAAGAAACAGGAAUUCGUUUCUUCGCCUAAACGGAAAGCACGUGUAUCAACUAAUGUUCAGAUCAGGGAAGUGAGUGCUCCGUCGAACGAUUUCAUCGGUCCUUCAAUGUACUCUCGUAGCCUCUCAAACAAAAAACGGCGGGAAAAAGGGAGCACAAGUGAAGCAACUGUAAAUUCAUCCAAGAGAGUGUCAGUUGACGCGCCAGACGAAAACCACGGUACUCUAAUACAUUCUUACGACGCAUCGCAGGAAGUAUACGAAAAAUCUAAGGAUAAAAUCAGCGAUUUCGAUGAUAUUAGUAAAUGGCUCAAAAGGAUCGACUCAUCCUCUAACGCCUCAAUGACCAUUUCUGAGUUCCCUAUCAAGAUGUCAAAUAAUCCCAAAAGCGAUGGAGGUACAGUCGAUUUUGACAGACUGAGCAGGAUAUUGAAGUUAAGAGAAAAAGCGAGAAAGUUGAGAGAAACUGCAGGCGAGAGGAAAACAAAGGAACUGAUACGUCAGGCCAAACAGCUUGACCGGCUCCUGUAUUUGCUGGAUCAGUCUGAGAGUAUCUAGUUGCCUUAAGCUGGUUGUGGAACAUAAAAUAAGAACAAUGUGACGCUUGCGACAAACGAGAUCGAAGUCGAAGGGUGUCGCUAAAGCGUGUUAAUGCUACGGGACUAUCUUACAGGUCGUGUGCUUCAAGUACCAAUAACCACGGAAAACCAAGGUUGACCGUUAACGGUGAAUUAAUGAUGAUAAAAGAUUAGCGAACUACGAUAGACAAUCACGAUCACGAUCGUAAACUGAAAUAACAAUGCAAUUUACUUAAAACGUUGCGUAACUCAUGAACAAAAACGCUUAGAACAAUUAACCUGCCCCCGUCGAUAACGCGAUCAAAAUUAACAACAAUCAACAGGAAUACUCGAAAAUCAUAAUAAGCUACAUCAAAAUAACUCGAGAUUUAAAUCGAUUGUAAGAUUAACAAAGUGGGCGUUCCUAGCUUAGCGUCUCAUUCUUUGAUUCGCCCCCUUUAGAUUGAAAACAAUAAAUUGUAUUAUUGUACGACUCUGUACGUUAACGUGCUUCCACCCAAAACAAGAAAACUAGCAAAAAAGGAGGAAACUAGCAAAAUUAUUCACAUAUC